AUGGUGCACACACUUCUUCGUCAAGCUGCGACGUGUUUUCGAAAGUGCACGCUGGACACUUUGUGUCGAGGGCAGUUUUUGCGUAGAUUUGUGAGUGGCUCAGCGCAGGGCCACGAUAUCACCGACGUACGUCGCUUUGUGUCACCGGCGCUUCGGCAGGGCUCGCCGAUUAUCUCGCCAACGUCGAUCGACGGCGAUGUCUAUAACGUGUAUCCAGCGGCAACUGCUGUCGGCGACACGAAACUGAUAACGAUGCUGCCGGGCGAGGGUAUCGGGCCCGAGUGCAUGGAGGCUUUGGUAGCGGUUUUCGAGGCCGCACAUGUACCCGUCGAGUUCGAGACCUAUCAUAUUCCCGAGCCAGAGAAGGGCUUGCCAGCAUCCGUGAUUGAUGCAGUAAAUCGAAAUCGACUAGUGAUGAAAGGACCCUUUCACACACCUUAUGGUUUCAAGGGCACAUCGAUCAAUAUCCUCCUGAGGCGGGGAUUCGAUCUCUUCGCGAACGUGGUUCACGUGUUCCCGAUGCCGGGCGUCAAGGCCAAAUACGACGAUAUCGACAUUGUUCUAGUUCGAGAGAAUACGGAAGGGGAGUACAGCGGUCUCGAGCACUCGGCCGUCGACGGUGUGGUGGAGUCGCUCAAGAUUGUGACCGAGGAGCACUCGUUGCGCAUUGCGGAGUACGCGUUUCGUUAUGCGAUGCGAAAUAACCGUAAGAAAGUGACUUGUGUUCACAAGGCAAAUAUUCUCAAGUCGGCGGAUGGUCUCUUUUUGGAAUGCGCACGACAUGUUGCUUCCAAGUAUCCUUUUAUCGAGUUUGAAAGCAUGAUUGUUGAUGCGACCUGUAUGCGAAUGGUGAGCAACCCCGAGCAAUUCGACGUUGUACUGUUGCCGAACCUUUACGGAAACAUCGUUGGUAGCGUAGCGACAAGUCUAGGUGGCGGCACGGGGCUGUUUCCCGGCGCAAAUAUCGGCCCUAGUGGUGCCAUGUUCGAGCAGGGCGUGCGACACGCUGGCAAGGGCAUCUCGGGGCGGGGAAUCGCGAACCCGACCGCAACGAUCCUCGCUGGCGUCAUGAUGUUGCGUUACCUGAAAAUGUUUGAUUUCGCCGAUUUUAUUCAGGACGCGGUGAUGUCAGUGUACCAGGAGACGGAUAUACGCACUCCUGACAUGGGCGGCAAGGCGACCACGAAACAGUUCACAGCUGCAGUCAUCGAAAAAAUGGAUGCAAUUAUGGAAGAGCUCUCCUAG